CUCCUAAUCUGAACUCUGGAUGCAAAUGUUUUAAAAAACGUCUCUACCCGACAUUUGCAUUUAAACAAAUAGACGAAGGCCAUUUUGUGGCUCUCCAUGACAGCAGGGUGCAGUGACUUGUGCUCCAUCCGCCCCUGCCCUCAAAAGGAAGAACCCCCCCAUCUGGGUGUGAUGCUUCAGAGUAGUAUGUUGCUGAGCACAGGGAUUAGGCCACUACUAUAGAAGACAACCACCUCCACCAGGGACUUCGCAAAGGGACUCAGGCUGGAAUACCCCUCCACCAACGGCAGCAUGGACACAGAGUAUUCUAAGCGAGUUUACCAGGGGGUCCGCGUCAAGCACACCGUGAAGGACCUGCUGGCGGAGAAGCGCUCCCGCCAAACCAGCGGACCCCGAUAUAGUGGAGGAGCAUCCACACCUCCAUCCUUUGUACAAAUGCCAGGCUCCCACAUGAUUCCCGGGUACUACGGCAUGCGGCGGCCCUACAUCUCCGACUCCGACUACUGCCCCUCGUCCGCCAAGCAGUUCUCGACGGAGCUGUACGGGCCGGCGCUGGGCUCCAAGGCGCUGGAGCCCUCCUCGGUCGGCGGCUACUCCUCCUUCAUCGACUGCUACUGCCCCGAGACCUUCGGGGACUACCGCAGCGCCACCGCCGCCUUCUCCACCUCGGCGGGCACCUCCAUCUUCCCCCCCACCGCGCUGACCUCCCUGCUGCCGCCCUUCGGGGGCGACGGAUCCCAUCUCUUUCUGAGGGAGUCCUGGGACCAGUCGGUUCCGGAGCCCCUGUCCCAGGUGGGGGAUGGCCUGUGUCCCGACGGCCUGGGCAGUGUGGUGGGCGUGGCAUCCGCCUCCAUCACCAGCCCGGAGCCCGAGGGCAGCCCGUCCCACCAGCAGCAGUACCGCUCCCCCAGCCACAGCUCCUCCACCAUGGGCCCGUCCUCCUCCUCCACGGGCCCCUCGGGCCAGCCCUACGCCCUGCACACGCUGGAGGACGUCCACUACCACCCCCUUUCCAGCAGCUCCUACCCGCCCUCCUCGCCCUCCUUCUGCUCCCCAUACAUGUCCGGCACCGUGGGGGACCUGGCCCCUAAGAUGGCCCCCCUGGCGCCGGAGGAAGCUGAGAGCCAAAGGGGCCUCUCCUCCCACAGCGAUGCUCAUCACCCCUCCUGGGCCAAAGAGGAUGCUGGGAGCUCCUGGUCGUCCUAUGAGAUCAGGAGGUCCUACUAAGCAACUGACGGGGGGGGGGGGGGGGGGGGGGUAAUUUAAUGUGGCGCUGUUGCAUUGUGGCACUUAAGAGGAGUGUGUUUGCCUCCUAGGACUUCAUGCUGUCACCGUUUUCAUUUGAAGUUUCACUGUAAGUACGUAGAUGACGUGAAUAAAUGUGCUGUAGAAGAGUAGGUGCCCGUUCUCCUUCAGAGUUUAUGGAAGAUGCUCCAAUUGCAGAUAAAGUCUCCCGAACAAUAGAUCUGCUCUGAGUCAGCUCCAUCUCUGAGCCAGCUCCAGGGAGUCUGCAGGCUGCAGUGGGCCCUGGGGGAGACUGCGCUCUGGGAGGGGGUGUCCGUGUCUCAUGAAUGUCUUUAAUGUUAAAUGAACUAACAAACAAACACAUUUACUACAGGAACAGUCACGUAACAGAGGUUCCAACCACCUUUUCAUGUUUAGACUUCACUAUUUAGUCAUUUAGGUGAAGGAAUUAUGAAACUAGACUAGAUAGGGAAAUAAUAAAAUCGGGGUGCAUAAAAAGGGGGGGGGGGGGGGUAUUAAACUACCAACAUUGAAGAUAUAAAUAUUAACACAGAUGUAAACUUUGACAAGAUUAGAAGUGAAGACUGAGAUUUAUUUUCGGAUAAAUAUUUUUUUAUUUCAAAAAACAAUUUAGAAUUGAAUCCGUUUUGUGCUCAAAUAGGUCUCAGAUAUUCUUCUCAUAUUUAUUAAAAAAACAUUGACUGCGAACAUUUCGAAUGAUUAAUUUGUUAUUUAUUUUUAAAUAAGAAAUAAAACUUUAUGGGAUUAUCUGCAAACCCCUACAUUAAAAAUCAUGUGAAGAUGUAUUUUUAACUGCUUGACCAAUAUAGGCCUACUCCAAAAAAAAUACUAAACAACUUCCAAUAAAAUGAAAUAGAACAUGAAAUAAUUGUACACAAUAAGUAUAUUCAUUCAACUUGUUAGGUAGCCUACGUUAACAAGCUGAAUGGAUCGUGAAUAGCCUGCAUAAUCACGUCGAAAGCAGAUCUUUUUCAAGGGAAAAGGCCUCUGCUGUGGCCAUUAGGGGGCGCUCUGAGCCAGCGUCCGAGCAAGGAAGAGCUUCAAAGGGAAUGUAUCAAUGGGACAAUGGAACUCGGGUGAACAACGCUUGAUAUGUCAACUGUGUGUAUAAAACAUUAGAUAACAUCUUUGUACGUUGCAGACGUCUGGCCGUUGUAAGAGACAGCUAAGAGUUCAUUAAUGUUUUUUAUUUUUUUUCGUGAAAUGAAAGAUAAAUCACUCAAAGGACUUGUGUUUUUUAUGUGUCCAAAGUUCAUUAUAAUUAAUGUAUUACAGAUCAACGUUCUUUGAGAAAAUACAUUAUUAUUCAUCUCAAACUAAUUGAACAAAUUAUAAUCCCAAGCGGUGCAUUU